ACGCACUUGAAAGCCGCACGCAGGGAGAAGACUUACAUAAAGAUCGCUAUCUAAAAUCACAUUUAAAAUAGCUUCCCACCUUUAUUUCCACGUUAACUGGCAGAGCUUCUUUGCUCUCAGCUGAGAAACCAGAAUGCAGAGGAAGUUGUCAUUUGUGCACCUGCUCCUCCCCGUUUUGUGCAAAUGUUGAUGCAUGCACGGAAGUUUCAUUGCAAAAGGCCACAGGUGGUGAACCAAAGGGAUGGGGACAAAUGUGGACGACUUCACGAGGCUUCUGUAUGACUGCGAGCUGUUUGUGACAGAGAUUCUGCAUGGUGAGAACCUGAGUGAAUCUGCAGAAGAGACACGAGAGGUUCUGCUGAAUAACUUCAGGGUCGUCCAUUCAAGAAACCCUGAGGAGUUUCCUAUAAGAUCGGAUUUAAGGGAAGAUGAAGGCUCUGAUGACAACCGCAGUUCCAGCCUGGGUCGCUCGGCCCCUUCAGACGACGCCUCAGUAGUGUCUGACUACCAGGAAGAUGGAGUGGCUGACUACGAUGAGGAUAUCCUUCCAGUGGCAGCCUAUGAGCUCACCAACAUCCUGAAGCAAGGUUACUUGGAAAAGAAACGAAAAGACCACAGCUUCUUUGGACCAGAGUGGCAGAAGAGAUGGUGCAUCCUGAACAAUUCGAUAUUCUACUACUUUGGGAGUGAAAAAGAUAAACAGCAGAAGGGUUCAUUUUAUAUCAAUGACUACACUGUACAGAUGGUGACCAACCUGAGAAAAGACUCCAAAAGAAAAGCCUGUUUUGAGCUCAGUGCUCCCGGAAAACGGCCCUUCCAGUUCACUGCCAGCAGCCCUCAAGAGGCCAGAGAAUGGGUGGACCAAAUCAAUUUUGUACUUAGAGAUCUCAGCUCCAACUUCAUCCCCGUCGAUGACGAGGAGGAGGACGAGGAUACCUACGAUGACAUCGAGGGGGUGGCCAACGAAACCCCGACUCGGCCGACCCUGGCCUCCCGGGGAGGAGGAGUAGGCAGAGGACAGGAGAUAGAGGAGGAGGAUGACGAGGAAGAAGAUAUCUACGAGGAGCUGCCAGACGAAGAACUUGGAAAUCCAGGUGAUGAGAGCGACGAGAAGAGCAGCAAACAAGUUUGGUCCUCAGAUUAUUCCAACUACUACCAGGGUUUGUGGGAUUGCCAGGGCGACGAGUCAGACGAACUGACCUUCGAGAGAGGAGAUCUCAUCUACAUCAUCAGCAAGGAGUACAACAUUCACGGGUGGUGGGUCGGCGAGCUAAACGGCACCGUGGGCAUCGUCCCCAAAGACUUCCUGCAGCCUGCCUACAUCCUCUGAGCUCCAACAGGUACCGAGCGCUGCGGCUGCCGGCACGUCCUGCCAUGAAUUACUCUUGACACAUCUGUCAGAUAAGCGUUUGGCAUUUCAAAAUUAUUCCCCUUUUAUACCAAUGUAAAUUAUUAUAUUAUCACCUAAACCUGCUGCAGCUGUACUUACUCUUGUACACUAUAAGCCAUUUAUAAAAGCCUGUUUAAAGAAGAAAAAAAAUCAAAGUGCACACUAGAGCUGGAGUAAUUAGUCUGUUAAUCAGUUUUGAUAAGUGAUCAAUCGUCCUAAAUGUGAGACUUCUCAUUUUCUUUAUAAGUCUCAACCACUGUGUAGAAAAUUCAGAGAAGUGCCAAACUAAACAGUGAAUGUGUUAAUUCAAAUAAAAUGACAGACAUCAAUAAUUAAAACCACCAUUAGCUGCACUUUUGAGUGAUUAAGAAUGUUGCAUGCAUGCAUUUAUGAAUCCACUGGAUAAAUCUGAAAACAGGACGUUGAUUGUUAGUUUAUAAAUAAUUUCCUCAUAACUGACAUAAGAAACAGUAAUGUAAAGUAUUUUAAUG